CCAGUAGUCGGCCUGUCAGCGCCAGCCCCCAACUCCCGCCUCCUUGCGGCUCUCGUAGCCAAUAGAACUGCGAGUUCCGUCUUAAGUCAACCAAUAGCAAGGCGUCUUGCUGAAAAGUGCUCUCUGCGUGAGGACGGCGGACUUGUGCGGGACCCAGAAGCGAUCGGUGGAGCGACAUAUCAAACAACUGCCAGUAGGACUUUUCACCUAAGCUUGUUUGUGAAGAGGAAAGAUACAUUUCCCCGCCCCUUCCUCUUCUGAUAUCUGAAAAUUCAUCGUCUUCACCUGAAGUCAUUAAUGUUUUUUCAAUGGUUGUGUUAUACUGAAGGAAUCGGAACUCGCCUUAAUGAGUUGCUUGCUGAGCAUCUGAGCUCAGUUUGUCAGUGGCAGAAAUCCUGAAACCAUGGGUCACCCACAUAUGCUUUGAGAUGCGUUAGAUGCUUUUUCUUUCCUGGAAGCCCUGCAACAACUCUAAACUUUGAAUAUAUUGUAGAACAGAUCUAUGGCCAGUGGUGACAGAGUCUACAUAGAACUAUGCUUCGUGGUGUUCUGGGGAAAACCUUUCGACUUGUUGGCUAUACUAUUCAGUAUGGCUGUAUAGCACAUUGUGCUUUUGAAUAUGUUGGUGGUGUUGUCAUGUGUUCUGGACCAUCAAUGGAGCCUACGAUUCAAAAUGCAGAUAUUGUCUUUGCAGAAAAUCUUAGUCGACAUUUUUAUGGUAUCCAAAGAGGUGACAUUGUGAUUGCAAAAAGUCCAAGUGAUCCAAAAUCAAAUAUUUGUAAAAGAGUAAUUGGUUUGGAAGGAGACAAAAUGCUCACCAGUAGUUCAUCAAGUUUCUUUAAAAGCCAUAGUUAUGUGCCAAUGGGCCAUGUUUGGUUAGAAGGUGAUAAUUUACAGAAUUCUACAGAUUCCAGGUCUUAUGGACCUAUUCCAUAUGGACUAAUAAGAGGACGGAUCUUCUUUAAGAUUUGGCCUCUGAGUGAUUUUGGAUUUCUACGUGAUAGCCCUAAUGGCCACAGAUUUUCUGAUGAUUAGCCAACAUUUAUUCUUUUGAUUUGAUUAUUGCCUCCUGUUCAAGUAAAGUUAUUAUUGCCACUGAAACCAUGUACUUACUAAUAAACUAUUUGCUAUUCAG